CAUAAACCAUAACCGUCUUGAAAGGAGUAUCUGAUAAAACUUGUUUACCAUGGGGGAAAACAAUGAAACUCCAUUUGAUAUGGAUAGUUCUAGUUUUGAUGCCGACAAAUAUCUCGAAAGGCUUCUAAAGGACUGUUCUCUAAAACAGAUCAUGGACACAGAAGCGGCUGUUGUUAAGGAUACGCAGACACUGCACUCCGACAUGCAGACGCUAGUCUACGAGAAUUACAACAAAUUUAUAUCGGCCACUGACACAAUUCGCAAGAUGAAGGAUGACUUUAAACAGAUGGAGGUGGAUGUUAAUCUGCUGAUGACGAAAAUGCAGACAAUAACCAGUUUCAGUGAGCAAAUAACAGGUACUCUACAAGGCACAAGAUCGCAGCUGUGCCGACUGUCUGAGAAGCAUUCAUUGCUUAAGCGCCUGCAGUUUCUAUCAACACUGCCGGCGAAGCUAAAGGCAUUAAUUGAAGACCAAAACUAUGCGCAAGCUGUGCAGGACUAUCUGCACGCCCAGAAGGUAUUUGCACAGUAUGGCCGACAGCCAUCCUUCGAUGGCAUAAAACGUGACUGUGAUGCCAUAAUGGCUGAUUUAAAGGAGCGGUUGCGUCGCGACUUUCAAAUGGCAGGCAAUACGGCGCAAUCCCUCACUGAAAUAGGCGAAUUGUUGCUGCAACUCGAUGAAAAGACAUCCGAUUUGGCCAGCGAGAUGCUGACAUGCGCCGCUAAGCGACUGCAUGAACAGAUUAUCAUGCUGCAGGACCAAACCGAACGAGAUAUGAUUGAGUUUGUGGACAUGGGAAUCGAAGGCUUUCUCAAUGACUUGGCGCUCGUGGUGACAUCCUAUUUCGACAUGUUCGUUGCCAAGCACUACGAACACGAGCGCGAUGAUUUUCAAGAAAACGCCCUGUACGAGUUAAAUAUCUUCCUCAAUCAAAACAUUGACAAGUAUUUGGUUUUGGUGCAAGAUCGUGUAGAAUCCGAUAUUGGCUACGGCGAUACGCAAAUUAUGCUCCGUGCCUUAGAUCGUUUGCACAGACGACUGCAGGCCAUGCGAAACAUUUGCCGCGGCUUAGAUGUAAAGCGCAGCACUGUGGAUAUAAUCAUUGGAGCUGCUCACCAGUUGUGCGACGCACAUGCAAAGAACUUAAAGGACCACUUUGCCGACAGUCUUAGUGCUGUGCGCUUGGCUUUGGUUUCGGCUAAAACUGAUGUGAGCACUGGAAGCAGUCUGAACGAUCUCAUUACCAACUUAUACGUGACCAUGAUGGACAAGAUUAAAGAAGUGCUGAACAAUCUCUUGGUGUUUUUGCGCACCGACUGGUCCUUCAAUAUUAAGGCCGAGCACAAGGGCGCUCUGUGCGUGGACGGUAUAAGAGAAAAUUUACUUAUAGGCUUCCUGCGUCACAUAGCCAAAGUAAUGUGCGGCUUUUCCGAUACAUCUAGCUUUAGUCCGCCCAAUUUAUUGCUGGUGCUAUCGAAAACCUGCCUUGAGCUAGAGCAGCAGGGCGUGCAUGUACUGAUUGCGUUGGUGGAUGAUCUUUACGAAAUCGAUUCGGAAAACAGUGCAACGCUCACCCACGAGACCGAGAUAUGUGCGGAAAUGCGGGAGACUGCCCAGUCGCUGCUAGACGCCUAUGUACGACUGCAAGGCUCAAACAUUUCACAGAUGUUGCGCAAGAGUGUUGAGACUCGAGAUUGGCUGAAUUGUUUGGAACCACGUUCAGUACGUGCCGUUAUGAAACGUGUGGUGGAGGAGUUGGGUAGCAUCGAGACAGUCGUCGCCAGUCUGUAUGACACCACUGGCAAUGCAGGCUUCCGCACCACGGCGAGCAGUGAUUCCAGUCGUAAAACUUACUUUAGCAAUUUUACCGGAACAAACUCGAAGGCGCAAUAUCGCUCCAAUUGGUCAAAUUACACGCCAUCACAACUAGAGUCAAGCUACGUGUCUAACAUUCACCGCUUGUUUUCGGAACGCGUUGAUAUAUUCACCUCAGUUGAGUUCUCCAAGGUUUCCAUUGUAAUGGGAAUCAUUAAAAUUGGCCUCAAAACACUUUUGGAGUGUGUUCGCCUGCGAACCUUCAGCAAAUACGGAUUACAACAAAUUCAAGUGGAUGCUCACUAUCUCCAGAUGAACUUGUGGCGCUUUGUCAGCGAUGAGAACUUGGUUAACUACCUGCUCGAUGAAAUACUUGGCUCAGCAGUGCAUCGUUGUCUUGAAUCAGUACUUAUGGAGCCAAAUGCUGUAGAAAUUAUUUGUGAACGUGGUUAGUAUUUACACUAUUGAAAAAUAUGACAGACAUGCUGAACAUUCCCUUUAAAUCUCUAUUUCAAUAAUUUUGUACUAAACGCUAGCUUAAGGAGGUUUUGUCGUAACAUAAACAUAAU